UUCAUUCAUGCGAUUCACUCAGCUCUUACUGGCAAGAGUAAUGCCGCCCGUUGUAAAGAAUUUCGAUUACUUGGUGAUCGGAGGGGGUUCUGGGGGGAUAGCCAGCGCGAGGAGGGCAGCUGAAUUUGGUGUCAAGGUCGGAUUAGUUGAACAAGCGAGAUGGGGAGGCACGUGUGUCAAUGUUGGAUGUGUUCCCAAAAAGGUUAUGUUCAACACAGCGAUGCAUGCAGAGAUGAUGAAGGAACAUAAAGACUACGGGUUUGACGUCAAGUGCAAUGGAUUUGACUGGGGAGUUGUCAAGAAGAGUAGAGAUGAGUAUAUAAAAAGACUCAAUGGUAUAUAUGAAUCUAACUUAGCCAAGUCGAAAGUUGACACUAUAGUUGGGAAAGCCACGUUCACAGAUGAUGGAUGUGUGGAUGUAAAUGGUCAGAAAUACAGUGCUGAUCAUAUAAUGGUGGCUACUGGUGGUUAUCCCUUCAUCCCCAAUAUCCCAGGUUCUGAGCAUGGUAUAUCAAGUGAUGGUUUCUUUGAAUUGGAGGAGUUACCCAAGAAGGUGGUGGUGAUUGGUGCAGGGUACAUCGCUGUUGAGUUAGCUGGAAUAUUCAACGCUCUUGGAUCGGACACUUCAAUAAUGAUCCGUUAUGACAAGGUUCUGAGGACUUUUGAUUCGAUGGUCAGUGAUUCAGUCACCAAAAACAUGGAAGAUGAUGGGGUGAAGGUCAUUAGAAGGACACAAACUACAUCUGUGAAGAAAGAGGAAAAUGGAACUUUAACCUUGGAGACCACUGGAGGUCAAAUUAAAGAUGUCAACUGUCUCUUAUUUGCCAUUGGUCGAAAUCCAAAUACACAGGGACUGAACCUUGAAAAACAGGGGGUCAAGUUAGACAGCAAGGGUCACAUCAUUGUGGAUGCAUUCCAGAACACAGACGCCAAAAAUAUCUAUGCUCUUGGGGAUGUCUGUGGCAAAGCUCUUCUCACUCCAGUUGCCAUAGCAGCUGGUCGACGAUUAGCUCACAGAUUGUUUGACAACAAACCUGACUUAAAGCUUGACUAUAACAAUAUAGCUACGGUAGUGUUCUCUCAUCCUCCUACUGGUACCAUUGGACUCACAGAGGAGGAAGCUCGUACCAAGUAUGGUGAUGACAAAAUCAAAAUCUACUCAUCUGUCUUUACUCCAAUGUACUACGCAGUUACACAGACCAAACACAAGUGUAGCAUGAAGCUUGUCUGUCUUUUACCUGAAGAAAAGGUGAUUGGGUUACACAUGGUGGGACAAGGUGUCGACGAGAUGCUUCAGGGAUUUUCAGUUGCCAUCAAAAUGGGUGCCACUAAGAAACAGUUUGAUGAUACAGUCGCAAUCCACCCGACAUCUGCUGAAGAGCUUGUCACCAUGAGAUGAAACUUGUAAUACUACAAACUUGAAUCUGACACACUGCUAUAUACUUUUUAGAAUGUACAUGAAUAAAUCAAGUUCUUUGCAAUACUUAUUGUAUUUUACUUUCAUCACAUGAUUCAAAAUUUAGUUUUCAAUAUUCAAUACAUGUAUUGUUAUCUUAAAAAGAGAUGUAUUUUUCUAAAAAAAAGUAUAUAAAAACUAUUAAUCAGUAAAAAAUAGUAAUCAGUAUAUUUGGUAUAUUUGUUUUAUUUAUGUAUACCAGGUAAUUAAUUAUUAGUUGUGACAGUCUUUUGUUAUAUAAAGUUACAUAUCUGUUGUGUAUAGGCAUUAGACAAUUUGUUUGUAUAUAUAAGUCCCUUCACUGGUUUUAUAUGAAGGAAGCUUGAUGUAUAUUUGUUACCAAAGAGAUGUAUUAUCCCCCUUUAACUUCAUGUUUCACCUCAACAGAUGCAUUUAAGAUAUUCUGUUAUAGCAAUUUAACAAGAUUAAAGAAAAUGUUCAAUAAGUUUAUAUAUUAUCAAACUUCAAACACAGAAUCAUGUGUUAUAUUAUUAUAGAAUUAAAUAUCAGAAAAAUACUAAUGAUUGAGAUUUUAAUUGACAAUGUGAAUGAUUUAUCCAAAUUGUGAUAAUCCACUAGCAACUCAUGGUUCUUAGUCCCACCACAUACAGGCUGUAGGUACAUACAUUAUAUGUCUGAAAAACUAGAGUUGUCGCUAACAUAAGUUGUUAGACAAAUGUCUUAAAUCUAGUGAGUUAAGGCCAGAGGAAUCUCAAGUUUUUGUUGUAGCCAACGUAUAUACACGUAUACUGAUAAAUACACCCCAGAAUUAGUGUCCUAUAUAACUUGUCAGUCCCGCCAUUUCAUAACAACAUUAAAACGAAUUUUGGCUGUUGUUUGGAUUCAGUGUAAAAAUGUACACAAAUUUUAUACUCCCAGUAGUAAAAACUGUGUCCAAUCUGUGCCUUAAUUCAUGUGUACUCACUCAUUUUCUACACUUGUAACCAUUAUAUGUGGCAAUUUCUGUAGUGUUGAUAUUUUUUAUAUUAAUACUUAGUUAUUAUAGAAUCUGUGAUUAAAUGAAAAUUCAUAUUUUA